AUGAUUUCCACUUGGCCUUUGCAAUCCUGGCCGCGCGCACAAGUUGUCGGCUCACAACUCGGCCGAAUUGAACCAUUCAAAUUGAACAACAGCUCCUCCAACCCACCAGUUCCCCGCUGUGCCGUCGCCCGAUCCCUGUUCCAGACAUCCUUCACCAUGCACGACAGCAGCGACUAUAACUACGCCACACCUAUAUCAGGCUCUCAAAGGGGCAUGUCCCCCCUCGCGAUGAGCUUUGCCAACUCCAAAAACGCCCUUCAAGUGACAGGUCAAAAACGCGUCGAAAUGUAG